CAAAACAUGUCAGCAACAUACAACUAUUGUAUUCACCAACAGGCAUCACGCCCAAAAUGGACCUCCAGGUGGGACUCUUGAGAUUAACCUGACAACCGUGAGGGAGAUUAUCAUCCAUUGCCCCCAGUACCCCGUCUUUUAGUUGGUGCCACUGCCUACAAAAUCCUUGCUGGACGGCUGGUGGAACUGCGUCAUGACGCGCAUUCUGCAUUCUGCACAAAUCGGCCCACUUUUCUGAAAACACCCAGGAAUCGGCUGCCCAUCUAAUCUCCAAAUUUCCAGAGUCUUGUCUUCCUAAAGGUACUUUUCGUUGGAACCUCUGACCACUUUCGCCCGCUCCAUUGCGGUUUUCGGCUCAGUGAGUCCAAACGACCCGUCUCCACGGCCCGGUGCUGGCCGUAGCAACGAUUCACCAUGAACUUCGCCAUGAUCUCCUUGACCACAUUUGCCGAUCUCCCAACCCACUUUGACGUGCGUCACCAUUGCGAGAUCCGUGGGCGGGGGCACGGAGGAUAUGGAGGACGGUUUGGAGGAGGGCACGGGCUGUGAGAUGAACGAGAUUGAAGACCUCCACUGCGCAGCUGUCAAUGGCAAGCUCUCCCGAGCUCGGAGGUCCAGACGAGCGAAUGGACUGAGCGAAGGACUGUGUGAACCAGGUGAAGGAAUGAUCUCAGAGAUGACGGCCCCUGCUUCUUGUGGAGCAGCGCUGCCAUCCCAUGUGGGCGCCCGGCCCUCCCGGAGCCGGGGAGGCCUGGAGCGCCGGGUGUGGUGCUUGCUGAAGCGCGCCGUGCCAGCGGAGCGGCAGCGGCUCCUGCGACACUUGUCUGAGCCACAACGACGGGCCCUGGAGCGGUGGAUCUUGGCACAUCCAGAGGCUGGGAGGGGCUGAGGCCAAAGACAGGGCCCAGGUGGGAGAGGGGCCCCCGCAGGUCUCUCUCCCGUGUGCAGGGCAUCGAGAGCCACGCACGGCAGGGUCAGCUGCGCUACCGAGCCGUGGUGCGGUUUGGCCCGAUCCGCAUCAUGACGGGCUACUGCAAGGACUUGCUCCUUGCAAAAGAACGCUUCAAGGCACCGCAGUAGUGUGCCUUGUGAGGCACCCGCCACAAGUGGUGACGGAGCGAGCGCCAAGGUCUUCCAGUGCCUCCGGCAUGCUCUGGCACAGGCCGAUGUGGCUCACUUAGAGCUCAGGUUCUUUGCCCUCCUGCCAUGCAGGCACUUGAAGACGCCUUGCUUGAAGCUCGAGGGCCCUGGCCUGGAGGCGAACUUCCUUGCCUGGCAGCGGCUGCACGAGCUGUUGAAGGAGCCGAAGACAUCCUUGGAGGACGCCUGGCUCAAAGCGCAAGGAAUCUCGAACCAGGCAUGGGCUUCGGUCCAUCCGUCCAAGCGCGUGGUCAAGAGGCGUCAGGCACCCAAGGGCUUGGCGCCCAGCGCGAGAGGAGGGCCGCGAUCCGAUCGGACGCAGGCCUUGGAGUCGCGACUGCAAGACCUCCUGCGCCGCUGGCGACCCUGAGAUGCGCGGAGAUGCUGUUCAACGCGUGUGUUCCGUGAAAGCAGAUGCUGUUCAGAGCCGUGUUGUCCGCAGAGAGGCUGAACGUCGUAAAUGUAGUUGCCAGGGUCUUCAGUCGGUAACACCUGCGGCGGCUGCUCUGACGCUGAUAACAGACCUCGUUUCAGGAUGAUGCUACAGACAGAGUCCAUGAUGGACUCAGCUCUCAGAGCUUUUGGAGAGAUGUGGAAGCGCCCAUGGACUACUUGGAAAUGGCUGAUGGAGAAUGGC